AUGGCAAGAAUAGACUUUUGCAGACUCAAAAAUGGCCGAUGUGCAGCAACGGCGGAAAUGGUAUCACAUCAAGUGGUUUUCCGACGACGAUACCAAGGAGGAACGACGUCUCAUCCUGAAGCUCGAUCUCUUGAUCGUCCCUUAUGCUUUUUUGGCAUACUGGACGAAGUACAUCGACCAGGCCAACAUAAGUAUGCAAUACUUCCCAUCCUAAUGGAUCCUGCUCACAAUCUAGACAAUGCCUAUGUUUCCGGGGUCCAGACAGACCUGAACCUCCACGGAAAUGAACUCGUCCAGCUGCAGACCAUGUACACACUUGGUGCUGUGCUGGGCCAGAUUCCCUUUGCCUAUCUGUUCACCAAGUUCCCGAUGUCAUGGCUUAUUCCGUUUCUCGAUAUUGCAUGGGGCAUUUUUACGCUGUUGCAAUAUCGGGUUACUUCAUACUCGGAGCUAGCUGCGUAUCGGUUUCUAGUUGGAUGGUUCGAGGCAGCUUUCUUUCCAGGAAUGCAUUACAUCUUUGGAGCCUGGUAUCGCGGCGAUGAAAUUGCCCGUCGAGGCGGCGUCUUCUAUGUUGGACUCACACUAGGUACACUAACCGCAAGUUUGAUCCAAGCCGGUGCUUCAUCAAGACUCGAUGGCGUCAAUGGCCUCGCUGGCUGGCGAUGGAUGUAUAUCAUUUGUGCCGUCAUCACAAUUCCCAUUGGUAUCCUCGGCUACUUCAUCUUACCUGGCACCCCAGACAAGCCAAACAAGCUCAUCUUGAAGGAUCGCGACAUUGAAGUUGCGCAGAAUCGAUUGAAGCGCGCUGGUCACGGUAUCGCCGGCACAUUCAAAUGGAAGACGCCCAUCGAUAUCCUGCGGAACUGGAAGUUCUGGGCAUUCCUCUGGCUAGACAUCUUCUUUUGGAACGCAUGCUACAACACCAACGCCGGAGGUUACCUUCUCUGGCUGAAGAGUCUGGACAGAUAUUCCACCAGCAAAGUCAAUGAACUGAACGCCAUAGCCCCAGCACUGGGUAUCUUUUACACCCUCUUCAUAUGCUUCGCAUCCGACCUCGUCCUGGGCCCAGCCUGGGCCAUCACAGUCGCGCACACCUGGAACAUCGUCGGCCUAAUCAUCCUAGUCGUGUGGAAAGUCCCCGAAUCCUCCCUUUGGUUCGCAUUCGCGACGACAUACUCAUCUGUCGCCAUGUCGAGUGUUCUGUACGGCUGGAUGAAUAGUGAACUCCGGUACUCACCCAUCGUACGGGCUGUAGUCCUGGUGACUACCACCGUCAUUGCCCAGUCUACGACUAUCUGGACUCCUUUGCUGGUGUUCAAGACGGUUGAGGGGCCGCGGUUUACGAAGGGGUAUUCGUUUGUGCUUGCGAAUGCUAUUUGUUUAAUUUUGACGGCGCAUCUUAUUCGAUAUUUGACUACGCGGGAGGGAAAAAGACGCAACAGCGAAAUCGAGGGACAAGACUCCGUGGGGAGCGGAGAAGAUGCUCAAGACCCGGAAGCUGUGAACUAUACUGUUCAUCCGAAAUGA